CUCGUUUCUCGUCAUAUGUAACGGUUAGGUAAAAAAAGAUAUUGAGUACCGUGGUGUAGAUUUAACGCGUAAAACGCGCAUUUAAAGUUAUUUAAAUUGAGAAUUACAAGUUACUUUAUAUAUACAGUAAGAAGGAAAUACAGUUGUAGUGAAAGUCAUCGUAUAGCAGUGACAAGAAAAUCCAGACGAGUGGCGCGUCUGUGCAAACGGCUCUCUGGUCGUAUGACGUAAUUGUAUUGAUCGCGGAAGAAGAGCCGAAAGUCGCGCAUUCGCCAUCUUGGACGAAUUGUGGAAAAGAAGUAUCUGUGUCUCACAGGCGCGGUACACUUGUAACUGUUGUAAUCCGCGGCAAUCGGAACAUUAAUUAGUUUAACUGGGAAUUAACCCUUUUGUGAAUUAGAAACCCAUUUGGACGGACCAAGAUAAAAGGUUCGUUCUUUGGGUCUGAUUGGUACUAAAUGGUUGCCUGCAGACAGCAUGUCUACUCUGUCAGGGCUUGCGUCGAAGGGGGAGAAAGGAAAAUCCAAGUUCCAAUCAUUAGACAUCAAUAGCUUGUACAGAGAAUAUAGAGGUGAAUCUUUGGAGCAACAACAACAGAAAAACACAUUACCACGCAAACAUGGAAUGCAAAGUCUUGGAAAGGUGCCUUCGGCACGGCGACCUCCUGCCAAUUUGCCUAGUUUGAAAAGUGAGCAUAGUAGUAGUGAUCCAGCCGUCAGUCUUGUACCAAGUGGAGGAAGUGGUUGGGCUACUACCAAAGAUACAACAACGACAACCACUACUGCUACAACUACCACAGCUUCAACUUCAUCAGACACAACCACUUCAAAUUCUUCACCGGCACAAUGUGUAGUGGGGACAACUGUAACAGCGUCACUGCAUCCUUUACUGCCAGGACAACAAAACGUUUCGCAGGCUUCGUACAGUUCCGAUGCGAACAUCAAAUCAUCAUGGAGCGCGAUAAUGAGCAGAUCAGGAGACGGCGGUGCACCGGGAGGUCAACAACAUUUACAACAACAGCAACAAACAAAUCGAGAAUUAAAUGCUCAAUACGGACCCGGGCCAAGCUUACGACCACAAACGGAAGGAAGUUGGAUACAAGGUGGAAGUCGUACAGCCAGUGGUGCAGGGUUGGCGACGGCUGGUCCCGGAAGUGGGACCACUUCGGGAGUCCAGGGCCCCCCGUUGAACAUCACUGGAUCGGGAGGACAUGCCGACGUAUCUGGCGGACGACAGAACUUGGUCCAGUCUCCCAACAUGGCCAUGGCCCAGGCAGGCCCUCACAGUGCCCCGAACAGUCAGACCGCUUUGAACUCUGGCUCUCAUCAAGUCGGUCCAAAUUUACAUCACUAUAGAGGACUUAUUCCUCCAUUUAUGUAUAGAGGAAAUUUUACUGGUGGAUUCCCCCCGCAGUUUCCACCGAACGCUGGCCCAACGGGACCCAGGCCACGAUUUAAUUACCCCGCAGAACGAUUCCCUGCCCCACCUCAGCGUCAACAAGAACGCGAACGCGAACGUGAACGCGAACGUGAACGCGAACGCGAACGUGAACGCGAACGCCUUCCAGAGGAAGAAAUUGUUACCCGACCAAUUAUCAAAGAAGAAGACCUUACCCGAAUGGAUGACAUUUCUCGCGAUGCCGGUUGGGCAGAACAAGAUGACAUCGAUUAUAAUAAAAAGCUUACUUUUAGCGAUGACGAAGGCGAUAAUGAACCACUGAAGAAAGACGAGAAAAAGGAUAUUAUAGAGGAAAAAAUUGAAGAAAUUUCGGCAGAAGAUAAGACACGUGAUAUUCACGAUAAUCGAGAGCCAAAAGAAUCUCGCGAUCAACCGGCUCAUCGUUCAUGGACUCAGAACUCCUUACCACGUGACUAUCGUGGAUCCAAUGGAUCUGGUAGUUACGGCGGUCCGUCACAAUUGCACAUUGUGCAUUCUUUGAGAGGUGUGGAAGACGACGAAGGGUGGAACGAGAAACGGCGAGUAGUGAGAGUCGAAGUGGCAUCUGUUACCGAGCGUGCACAACAACGUAAAGAAGAGGCGGAGAAACUGUACGAAGAGUCAAGUAGACAAGCGGCAGCUAAGAAACAACAAGAUGUCGAGCAAAAAUUAAAAGAAAAACAGUCGAACGAAGCGAAAAGUUUAAUAAGUGUUCCACCCGUUCAAAUCCCGGUACCCGAUUGGGAGCGCGAAAGGGAGACCAGAGAUCGAGACCGGUCUUGCGUCGUGCCGUCCGAGAUGAAAGAUGAGAAAUCCUCGAUCCGUGAAUCACGUGAAAACCGAGACGGUUCGAAAUACAACAGAGAUUCUCGUGAUCAGUUAAUAUCAGAUUUUCGACAAGUCGACCGCCCGGGUUUCAUGAGACAACAGGACAGUGUGCGUAGUGAACGCGAAAGGGAGAGAGAAAGGGAACGUGAUCGGGAUCGGGAUCGUGAGCGUGAUCGCGAGCGUGAACGUGAUCGCGAUCGUGAACGUGAACGUGAACGUGAACGUGAACGUGAUCGCGAUCGCGAUCGCGAUCGCGAUCGUGAACGUGAUCGUGAUCAAAGAGAUACAAGAGAUCGUGAUCGCGAUCAACGCGAUACAAGGGAUCGUGAGCACUUGCCGUCAUUUUCCCGUCUUUUUCAAACGAAUUUACCACCUCGAUUUCAAAAGCAGCAGGCGGAGAGAAGUGGUGCCGGAUUCAAUCGAAUUUCCCCGAAUACCGAAAGAUCAUCUGCUCAGCCUGUUCCAUUCUCCCAACAAUACGAUCCUGGCAGAUGGCUUCAUAAUCACAGUUCUUUAAUAGAUAACAACUUGAAGCAGUCGCACGGCAGCGCACCACCGCAACGUCGUAGCAGAACGGAUUCUGACAUUUCUAUUUCAAUGGACGACGAACGACCACCGUCCCGCGAUUACCGUGGUUCCCUUCUCCGUGAUGAUCGAUAUCGGCAUCCACCGCAUCGACCGUACGAUACUCGGAAAUCUGGCGGUUAUAAUGACGAGUACGCCCGUAACUACAGAGAUCAUGAUUACGACGAUAGACAUUCUCGUGACUCGUGGGAACGUGAACGGUAUUUCGACGAAAAUAAAGAUCGGGAUCCAAAAGACAAUCUGGAGGUGAGAGAUAUCAGAGAAACUCGAGAAACUAGAGAAACUAGAGACGGUCGCGAUGGUCGAGCAACCAGAGAUAUAAGGGAGACUCGAGAAAGAGAUAACAAACUUAAAAAAGAUUACGAUAAUUAUGGAAAGGAUUCUUUCGAAGACCGCGACCGUGAUCGCGAGCGAGAUCGCGAUCGUGAUCGCGAACGUGAACGCGAGCGUGAGCGUGAACGGGAUCGUGAUCGCGAUCGUGACCGUGAUCGCGACCGUGAACGCGAGCAGCGGGAUCGUGAUCGUGAUCGUGAUCGCGACCGUGAACGUGAACGGGAUCGAGAUCCAAGAGAACGAUCGGAGAGCGCCGAAUGGCGAGAAGAACGUCUCCCGCAAGAUAGAUCAAUCGAUAAUCGUCGUGAACCGCAAAGGGACGAUCGUGUGGAACGCAACGAGCGUCCACAAAGACCGGAUUCUCGCGAUAGUCGUACCUCCCGCGAAUCAAAGACAUCUUUGCGCGAGGAUGAUUCGCACAAGCUACGUGAUUGCAGUCCUUGGGUGAAUGAGGUCGCCGAUUAUGAGGAAACUAAACGCGAAACAUAUCACGAGGACGCUCGGGAAAGAGAACGUGAUAGAAGACAACCACUCGGGCCUGUGACUAAAGAAAGAAUCGAGGCCGACGAAUUGAAAAGUGAGAAACGUAAUUUAACCCAAUUGAAACGAACGAGUUCCGAGCAAGACAAAAAGGAUCAGACAAAGGAAUCGCUCGUCGAUGCGAAGAAGGACGCGGACGUAUGGAGCUGGAAAGUGGAGCGUAUAAACGACAGCAAUCGAACAUUGGAAAGGGGUGACAAUUCACCUAAAGCGUGGGCCGAUGCUGUUUCCCCGACAUUCGAGAAGGAAGAAGAGAAAAGCUUGGAGGCGAUCAAGAACGAUAAAGAGGCGGACGACUUGAAGCAGAAUUUCGAGAAAUUAAGCUUGGACAAGAGGGAGGACGUUUUGAACGAGGAUAUGACGGAACAGCAGAUGAAAGAGGAAAAACGAGAGAAGGGUAUUCGAAACCGAACCAGUAGCGGCGGCUCGAAUUCGAGAGUUCGUGAAUCCCGAGGUGGACGCCAAUGGACUGGAACGUACAGUAUGUACACACGACCUUGGCGUGGUUCCGAACCAAGGGGACGAAGAAGCGGACCCAAACCGACCGGCAGGCCAGCCUCCGCUAGAAGUGGCUCGUGCGGGCACACCGACUCUGAGAACAGCGCCGAUGAGAUAUCCUGUUCGACCGAGUCGGGAAAGGACGAGAAGAAAUCGGCCAGAUCGCCGAAGCCCAGUCAAAAAGCGGAAAAAGAAGAACGGAAUCGAGAGGUGUCCAGUCGGGACGAGAAACGAACCGAUUAUCCGCAGUCGCAACAACGUACCGAGAAACGGGGAUACGAUGGUAAAUUGAGCCACGAAGGCUUCGCCCCGUCUGGCGAACCUUCUCGUCGCGGCCGUGGCGGUUUUCGACAUCGGAGCGCAACGGGUGCCGGGAAUCGAAUAGAAAAUUACGGGCCACCGUCCAGUAAAAGCCCUUUUUCAUGCGAUCGGACCGCCGACGAGAAACAGACCACAGUGCGUCAGAAUCCGACGGCGCUCGCCGCGGAAAAAGAAUCGAAUUCCAUUGUGUCCUCGCAGCUCGAGUCGACCGACGAUAAAAUAAUCGCGAAGCAACAGGCGCUUACAGCUGGAAUAACCGGAAAGCGUGCUAAGUCCCCGAUCCAGCAAUCCCAGCAGCAGCAGCAGCAGCAGCAGCCCCAACAGAAUCAACAAGUUUGCAAUAAACAGGACGUGAAUCAUAUGAGCAAUAAUGCUGUCCCCCAGAAGGUACACGGUCGUAAAGAAGAACCACGCUCGAAGAGAAAUCGAAGCGGGAGCAGAAGGGGAAGAGACAAUCGGGAAUUACGAUAUCGUGGAAGCAAUAGUAACGUGUCGAAACAAAACUCGUCCGAUGUAGGGAACGAGGAUUGGGAGACCACUUCGGAGAACAGCGAGGAACACGUGGAGGAGCAUAAGGAGAUGCGAAGCAGUCGUAAACAAUUCGGCACACGUGUUAAUUCUGGUGGCAACCAAAAUAUCAUGGGAUCAAACGUGCACUCGCGCAGAAACGAGCACGGCGGCGGUAACCGCGAGCAACGUGAGAAAACCGCGAAGUCUUCCAAUUCAACGUCACGGGCGCCAGGCGCGGAAAAGCGAAAGUUACAGAAUCUCGGUUUUGUCAAUCAGAAGAAUCACUCGAUCAGCAUUCCACCAUUGAUGCAAUCCGCUCAAGUUCAGAACGGACGUUCGAGAAGUCAGACAUCCGGUAGCAACGCGACGAUAUUGAAUAAAUCCACCGCAAAAGAUAGCACGGUGAAUCGCAUAGAUGAAAUAAAAUUGAGCGAUCCGAAUUUGGUUAGCCAGGCCCUGAACGAUAUCCACAAGAAGUCCCAGCUAAAGGAUAAGAAAACCGUCGAUUAUGAAAUAGAGACAGGCAAUUGCAUAGAGGAUGGGUCGAACGGUGUCGAGGACAAGAUUGAUUCUGACGGUUUCCAAGAGGUUCGUUCCAAGAAAAACGUAAAGGACUCUAGACAUGGUCAGAAAGAAGAAACGACGAAACCUAUAAAACGGGAAAAAGAAAAGGACAGAGAGCGUGACCGUUCGAAAUGUAAGGCAAACGGCGGUGGUGGUGGUGGCGGCGGUGGCGGCGGCGGUUCGCAAACGUCUUCUUCGUUGCAGCAGGUGCAAAAUAUACCACCUCUGUUGGGUCAGACCAUUCCGCAACCGGUAAAUAUGUUACAGAAGCAACACGACAGAACGAGAAGUCUUGCCCCGAGAUUCCAGAAGCAACGUUUAGCGAAACAACAACAGAUGUGCCCAUCCGAGUCGAACGAGUCAAAUAAAAGUAACAAUUCGGGUAACAGUUACGGUAAAGACUCCUCGAGUGGACCAGCUCCUCCACCGUCCGUUAACGCUUGGGACAAACCGUUCACGACCAGUCAAUUGCGAUCGAAUUCACCGUCGUCGGUCGUCACCGAUAUACAAUUGAUACCCGGUAUGUCAACGCAAAACGAUCACGGUCAUAUUCACGGCCAUGAGAUCAACGAGCAAACGAAUUCUGGGAACAGCAGUCAAAGAAAUUCGCCGAACGGCGAGAAACCCAGCAAGUCUUUGAAGGAACAACUUUCAGAAAAGAACUCCGUCUCCGACGUUUCCUCGCCUCCGGUACAAACGUUGAUAUUCGAGAAUACAAAUUACUCGAAGACCACGAAGGCGGCUCCUUCCGAUCUCGCCGUGAAGACGAAAUUUCCGAAUCAUAUAAAGAAUCAACAGCAACGCGUGGAGAAACGCAGUGAUAUGGAAGAGGAUGGCGGUAACACGGCUGGAAUGCAACAGCAGCAGCAACAGCAACAACAACAACAGCAGAGCCUACCUGUCGCGUUCUCGAACAAACCAAACGAUUUGAUGAAAGACAAGAAUCAAGAACCGAUUCAAAUGCCUCUGUCCUUCAAUAAAAACGAAGAUAACGCCGACAUGAAGCUCGACUUCACGUUCGAUUCGGAUCUCUCGCAGCUGACCGAGGAUAAGAACAAAAGCUUGGGAAUGCCUCGGUCUAUGCAUAUGGCCACCGGUCAGAAUACCAUUUCUCCCUCCACCGCCGAGUUGAACUUGAAAAUCGCAUCGGUAAAGAAAGUCUGGGAGAACGCGCCACCGAUGCCAACGGUGGUAGAGCACGAGGAUGGCAAUGUCGUCAGUAGCGCAAACACGUUCCCGCAAGCGUUCGAAAGUACGGACGUCGACGAUAGUUACAGUCCUCAUCAACAAUACAAUCAAAAUAACAUGAAAAACGAAAUAACCACUUCGACGAACGUGUGCAAGCUGGUUCCCCCGCAGGUGAAGCCGCAGCAACAAUCCUCGGGGAGCAGUAGCGGUCAAUCUGGUUCGACAGUUCCCGGGCCAAGCCCAAUCGGAGCAGGUCAGAGUCCUAUCGGUCAUCCUCCUGUCAGUCUGCAAGGACCGUUGAGUCCACCUCCGUUCAACUCCACAGGACAACCCUCUCACAUAAACUAUCAGGAGUUCCCACAAUACCCAGGCUCACAAGCUGCGCAAUACGGCAGCAUGUCUGCUAUACCCUCCCCACCAGCCGUAUUGUUUAACACAGGUUCUGGUCAACUUCCGGCUCAGGCAGGAGGUCUAUACGGAGCCUUUCAGUUGGAUCAGAGCCGAUCUCCGUUCACUCAGUAUCCACCGUAUGCACCGUCUCUUCAGAACUCAUUUAGCCAGCAAAACGUCUACUUGCAACAACCUCCGCCACCGCCUCCGCACGCGCCAAAUGCACCUACUCCGGAGAUGUAUCAAAGCAAUCUUUCUCAGUAUCGCAUCACUGCAGCUGCUGCUCCACCGUUUGGACAAAAUCAACAGCUCAGUAACAAUCCAAAUACAGUUCUUAUCAGUUCCUCUUCGAAUUCUUUGAUGUCGGCAAGUGUGAAACCGUCGUCGCAGCCCAUUGGCGCUAUUGGAACGAAAGCUCCACAUUUUCAAGCGCCAUCUGCCCCUCAACCAAAUCCAUUAACGUACAUACCGUACGAUCCAAAUCAAGUACUGGGAGUAAGUGGCAGUUACAUGGGCAAUUCCCAAUUGGUGCAGAGACCCGGUCCGAACGUACAAGCUUCAGCCAAUAGCUAUUAUAGCGCCACUUCGGCUGAUGUAUUCCCGGGCUCGCAGACAGGUUUUUAUCAACCGGGAGGCGCUACGCAACAAACCGGCACCCAUUACGGGCUGCAAGGAUUCGGUCAGCAUAGCCAAAGUUUAGCAACUGGUAGCGCCACACCCGUUGGACUACAAAACUUCGGCUCUGGCUUUUUAUCCAGUUCCGGUUUACAGAUCGCCGCAGCUGCGGCUGCUCAGCAGUUUCGCAAUCCUACGGGCGGACUUCCAGGACCAGCCAACGCUGGUCCUACUUUUCUCAGCAAACAUCAACCACAGGAACAACCUAGACAAUUAAAGAGUCCAUCGGGAAAUCAACAAGAUGUUCUUGCGUCGGUUUUCAGUUCCACGCCACAAAUACCAUCCCCUAAAUCGAGAAACUGUAAACAACAAUCUUCGUCCCAACAACCGCAACCAAGCCCGACGCAACACCACAAGUACCAACAGUAUCAGGGUGUUAGUCAAUCUGCUUUGGUAAGCAGUUACAAUAACUACGUUUUACAGCAAAACGUACGUGGCAUGGGAAUGCCACCACGCGCCGGUAUUCAGCCGUCGCAACAACGAUAUCCACCGCCUAUUCAGAGACCAGUUGUCCCGUUUACACCCGGCCCAAAUCCAAACAAUCCAACUCAACAACAACCUAAUUGCAUGCCGUCACAACAACAGCAACAGCCACCGCAAUCUCAAAUUAAUCGUCACAGACCGAAUUUGCAUCAACAGCAACAACAGCAACAACGUAACAUGAAAAUGCAACAACAAUACUAUUCUACUCAAGGGAACGUGAAAAUGGAUACGAACGAGAAAACGGAUUCUCACAAUGAUAAAAUCAGCGACAACGGAUCUAGUGCUCAACAAGGAAGCACUAAAGCAAACGUAAAUCAACAGGACAAUGACAAUAAAGAAGAAGUGAACCAACAAAAUGAGUGAAUGUGAAACAGGCUGUUUAUUCUGCCGCUUGAGAAAUAUUAUUUAUAAUUACAUAAUGACAUGACGUCGAUUGAAAGGUAAAUUAUAACGAUUAAGUUGUUUUUGUACAUGGAAAAGACGAUGCUCCAAAUGAUAUUGUAUUUGCCAUUUUAAAGAAGCUCGCGCGAUCAGGAGACGUAUUCGAUACUUGGCUAUAUAUCUAGUUAGAAGUAUUUAACUUUGGCGCAUCGAAGAAAAAAAAAGUGGGCGGUAUUGUCAUUGUACACACGCCAAUGCUUCUUCGAAUUAAUUAUUACGAAGUUGCGUGUCAUAAAUUCUACGAACAAAUCACGUCAUCGAACAUUCCCUUUUUGUUCGAGAAAGUAGUGCGUACGACCCGAAACGCUGCAAUGAACAUUAGAAACAUGGAGAGAAAAAAAAACAUAGCUCGAGAAAAUAAACCUAAUCGAUACAUCAAAGACAUACUUGACAUUGUCUAAACGCAGUCUACGGAUUACUCUGGAAACGAAAGGAAUUCUAAUGCGUUGCUCGAUUCAAUGGGAAAUGGAAGUCAGAGAAGCAACACAGUUGGACUGGUACGCACAACGUAUCGCUUCUUGGUGUUAAUCGAUCACCCUACCAAUUAAUUACAUUGAAUAUGAAGAUAAUAAAUGUGCACAAGACUCGUAUUUCUGUAUAUGGACACGACGGCGGUCUGUGGUAUACGAUAAUGUAAAAGCCAAUUUUUCGGAAAUGUAGUUCGACAAAGAUAUAGCACGACCGUUGCUACAUUUUGUAGAGCACCAUUAAAGUGGGGAAACGAAAAACAAACGUCGAUAAAGAAGACUGUUUUAUGUAUAUCGAAAUUUCAAAUUGCCCAUGCGAUGGUCGUAUAGAUCUGCAUGACGUUGUCCCUCAUACAGUGUGACAAGUAAAAAAGUUCGUGUACAUUAAUCGUUUAUUAAUAUAAUGUGCGGUCAUGACGAAGCUUGUGAAAAAUAAAUAGUGCAACAAUUGUUUAUAGUUACUGAAUAUGUUAUCAUGACCUAGACACGCUCAGAAACACUAUCAAUAACUAAAAAUGUAAUAAUAUAUCAUAUCGCUUGAAAAAAUUUGAAACAAAGUCGGUUUUCCGUGCAUAAUGUUCCAUUAGGU